UUAGGUUAAAAACCUAUGUUGGUGGAUUUAUACACUAUCUUAUGUUCUAAAAAUCGAAGAGGCGGUUUUGUCCGGUCACUUAUAUCACUUGGUUAUAAUAUAUACAGUGAGAGUGAGUUCUACACAGUGAUCUUCUUUCUUCAGUACAGAGUAAAAGUCAAUACACUUGCAAACAAAAAUGAUACAACAGAGUCUAAAAUGACAACAACAUUGAAGAAAUUCUCCUCGGCUGGACAGGCAGAAAUUUUCCGUGCCAAGCAAAAAGAUGAUAUAUAUAGUGAUAAGCUGCAAAAACUUUGGUUGGACAUACUUCUGAAAUAUGCAGGAGCACAAUCAUGGCUAUGCCUGAGGACAUUUCCAGUGGGUCACUUGCUGUAUGGAGCUGCUACAACUCUUUGUGGUCUGCAAACACUGGGGGAAGAGUACACAGGCAUUGUCCAGGUUGACACGUCACUUACAAAAGUCUCUCCGUUUGUGAAUAGGACAUUCAUGCUUUUAUUGGAUAGUUUCGGAAGUGUACUCCUCAUUUCUGUUUUAAAUAAUUUGGAGAGAAUUGUCAGUAAAAGUGGUUUACAAGUUAGAGCCAAAGAAGAUAUUUUAGAAACAAUUAGGACAUUGAAGACUAUCCUUCCAUUUCUUGAAAGGUGCCACAGAGCUUUGUUCUAUUGUGGUGGUAUUUAUUACCAAAUAAGCAAAAGAAUCACUGGAAUAAAAUAUGUUCUCGUUAGAAGAUGGCUGAAAGACUAUGAAUCUAUGUAUGGCUUCAGGCUGUUGGGCAUUGUUACAUCAUUGCAUAUGGCUGCAGUAGCUACCCAUGUUGUUUGGAGAUGGCUAACCUCUCACAAAUCAGCUCAUUCGUCAGAUAAAGAUCUCACUACAUCAUAUGCCCCUGGUAGUAAAUGCCCGCUUUGUUUAGAAAACAGGAAAGGUGUAAGUGCCACACCAUGCGGACAUUUGUUUUGUUGGCACUGCAUACUCGAGUGGCUACAGACACAAAAUCAGUGUCCGAUUUGCAGAGAAACUAUAGAACCUUCAAGAAUAAUUCCACUUAUGAAUUAUUUGUACCAACUCUGAACUACUUAUUAUUUUUAUGUAAUUUGUAUACUGUAUAAUGUUGUAAUGUUGAACAUUCCUUUGUUAAUACAGUACUGUCUGUAUAUAUAGUAUGUUAUUUGUUUUUAUAACUAGCAUUAAAAUGUGUUUUUUACACUA